AUGUCCAAACGCAGCAUUUCGUCGCCUUCUCCACCUCUAGAAGCUAAGCGACUACAAAAAGUCAAUAAAGGACUAGCCAACACGAUAUACGAACCACUCCCACAGGGCGAAUUUAUACGUGUUCUAAAACUUCAGCCCGGCAAAGCCGAAGACGACAUCCAGUGCAGCCUCGACACCAUUCAGAUAGGAACGUCGAAGGACGCAUACGAGGCGAUAUCGUACGUUUGGGGCGACGCCAAACACACCGUCGACGUUUGGUGUAAUGGACUGCAGGUGCCGAUUACUGCCAGCCUUGCAAGCGCUCUUCGAAACUUUCGACAUCCCUCCGAGCCUCGACUACUGUGGGCGGAUGCCCUGUGUAUCAACCAGAAAGAUGACCAAGAGAAGGGACACCAGGUGAAAAGAAUGGGUCAAGUGUACGCCAACGCAAAGUGCGUGCUCGUUUGGCUCGGAUGCGAUGUCAACAAUGUCGCCAAAGAUACGUUCGCUCUAAUAUGCGAGGCCAACACCUAUUUCAAGUACUCUUUGAUGAAGGCGGGCAACAAAGCUUCCAGAAUGGAACUAUUCGAGGAACCUUAUCCUAUCAGCAUAGAUCAGGACAGAUGGUCAGGGGUUGUCAAACUCUUCAAAUUUUCAUGGUUCCAAAGAGUAUGGACCGUUCAGGAAGUCGCUGUCGCCGCCGAAUGCCGCAUGUUCUGGGGUUCAGCCAGCGUCGACAUAUCCGAUGUACUGGAGAUAUGUGUGUGGCUUAAUAGAAAAUCAGACUUCUAUGCCACCAUUCAAGGAAUUGUCGGGAGCAUCAAAUAUCGUUUUGGCCGUGACCUGGCACUUUACUUUCACUAUAAUACCCACCGGCCAGCAUCAUGGCAACAAUCUCGAGCUGGAUUGGCCUAUACAGCCAUUAGGUACAAAAAACACACUCUAUGUGGAAUCCUUGGCGCCUCUCGAAAUCUACAGGCUACAGAUCCUAGAGAUCACGUCUACGCAUUCUUGGGCUGUCCAGUCGCCAAGGACGGAAAGGGUCGAACGCUGGUAGACGCAGAUUACACGUCCUCGAUACACGUCCUCUAUAUUCGUCUCGCCCAUGCGCUAAUGAAAAGUCCCACAGAAGGACCGUUCGCACUCUCAGCUGUUUAUCACAGGAGUAGAGAAAGUCUUCUGAAUAGUGGUUGUCCAUCAUGGGUACCAGCAUGGCAUGUUCGUGUAGAUCAUGGUGUGCGAAUCAUGGAUCCAAAAUACUGGUACAGAGCUAAUGGGUCUACGAAGUUCUUUACAACAAUCAGUCCUAACGAAGAAGGUUUUUUGACGGUCGGGGGUUUCAUAUUUGACAAAGUCGUCUGGAGUUCCAACACGAUACAGGUUGAUAGAACAGGCUUGAGCUACACACAUCCGAACCCGACGGCCUGCGAAUCAGACGAGUUGCCCAUCGAUACUCUAUUGAAUCAUGUAUAUCAAAGAACGACUGGAUUAGGAUUUGCAGUACGUCGAGAAGACAUCGUUCGUACAUUGAAGUUGGGCUAUCCCGCAGAACGUUCCAAUGAGUCGAUUUCUGACGAACGUCAAAAAGGAAAAUUGGAAGCAUACAAGAAAAAGACCUGUGUGGCCCGCUCGAGUGGUGUGGAGACUGUAGAGUUGACGGCAAGAGAAAAACGACGUGCACUCCACUUCGAACAUAGUCUGAGAGGAUUAGACGGCUCAAAAUUAUUUUUGACAGAAAAUGGGCGAUUAGGGAUGAUACCGCACGGUGGACUAGUCGAGGUUGGCGAUGUAUGUUGUAUCAUUUUUGGUGCAAUCGUCCCCUUUCUCCUUACACCAGCGAAAGAGGGCCGGCACAAGCUCGUAAGCGAUUGUUAUAUACACGGCGCAAUGGAUGGUGCAGUCGUGCAACAGUUCGCUGGGAGCGACCUCAGUGACCAUCGCAUCAUUAUCGAAUAG